CAAUAUCGAUCACCGAGAAUAACAGAACAUCCAAGUGAUAUUCUAGUCGCCAAAAAUGAACCAGUUACACUCAACUGUAAGGCCGAAGGGAAACCAGAACCAGUCAUAGAGUGGUUUAAAGAUGGUGAACCUGUCAAAAUCAGUUCAAAUGAAAAUAAAUCGCAUCGAGUCUUGCUGCCAUCCGGUUCCUUAUUUUUCUUUCGAACUGUACAUGGAAAGAAAGAACAAGACGGAGGAGUAUAUUGGUGUGUAGCCAAAAAUUCCGCUGGAAAAAGUUUUAGUCGCAAUGCCACCCUUCAAAUAGCAGUUCUUCGCGAUGACUUUCGUGUACAACCUAAAGACACGCGGGUAGCGGCAGGUGAGACAGCUCUUUUAGAAUGCGGACCACCAAAAGGAAAUCCCGAACCAAAAGAUGGCGUGUCGAUUGAUUUAGAUGAUAUUCGCGGUCGGAUGAAUAAUCGAUUACGCAUUGUAGAUGGUGGCAAUUUGCUUAUAACAAAUGUGCAAACAAUCGACGAAGGAAAAUACCAAUGUGUAGCUCAAAACAUGAUUGGCACCAAAGAAAGUGAUCCAGCCAAAUUAACCGUGCAAGUCAAGCCAUCAUUCAAGAAAGUUCCAUCUGACGCAAGCAUUUUGGCCGGACAAACUGUGCAAUUCUACUGUUCAGUAGACGGAGAUCCCACACCUCAAAUUCAUUGGCGAAAGGAUGAUGGGAACAUACCAACUGGCAGAGCUGAAAUUGUGGACGGAGAUAAAAGUUUGGUCAUAAAAAAUGUAGUCCCCAGCGACGAGGGAAUCUACGUGUGCGAAGCACAAAACAGUGUUGGCCAAAUCACCUCUAAGGCCCAACUUGUUGUUAAUUCAUUGCCAGUGUUUCUAACAAAACCACAAGAUGUAAAAAUAGGAGUGAAUGGAAUAGCAAAAUUAGAAUGCGUAGCUUCAGGAAACCCUCAACCAUCUGUGUUUUGGACGAAAGAGGGUUCACAAGAGCUGAUGGUUCCUGAUAAAUCCUACGGUCAUCUCCAUGUUUCAUCCGAAGGAACCCUCGAGAUACGAAAUGUACAAAAAGAUGAUGCAGGAUUUUAUGUAUGUUCAGCAUUUAGCGUAGCGGGAUCUGGAACAACUCGAGCUUUUUUACAAGUCAUAUCUGUAGACGACAUUCCACCCCCAAUCAUUCAAAUUGGGCCAAGUAAUCAAACCCUUCCGAAAGGAAGCGUGGCAACACUUCCGUGCCGUGCAGCUGGAAAUCCCACUCCAGAUAUCAAGUGGUCGAAAGAUGGCUCAACAAUACAAGUCAAAAACCGUUUUUCUUUGGUUCAAAGUGGGACAUUGAAGAUUGAUGAUUUACAUCUCGAUGAUUCGGGCUUUUAUACAUGCACAGCAUUUUCCGAAAGUGGAGAGACAUCUUGGUCGGCAUCUCUUACUGUCGAAAAGAGCUCCACAAGUGCUCUUCAUCGUACACCCGAUCCCAGUACACUUCCACCACCACCCAAUGAACCAAAUCUAAUCAAUGUUACAAGUAAAAGCAUAACUUUAGCAUGGAAUAAAGUUCCAACUAAGCAAGGAAGCUCAUCGUUCAUUGGAUACACGAUUGAAUAUUUCAGUUCCGAUUUGCAUAGAGGAUGGAUCUUGGCAGCUCAGAGAAUACCCAUUAAUGUCGUUACGAUAAGCGACUUGAAGCCGGCUACGUCCUAUGUGUUCAUAGUUCGUGCUGAAAACUCAUACGGUCUCUCAGUUCCAUCGCCGGUGUCGAGUGUGAUCAAAACAUUGGAUACCGACAAAAGCGUUAUACCACCUAACGAAUUAGCCUCAGCUCGAGCUUUUCUCAGUGGCAAGGUUCUGGAAUUGACAGACGCUCUGGCAGUCAACUCAACAGCAGUACGUCUUGAAUGGCAUUUAUUAUUGAGCGACACUGAGUACUACAUCGAGGGUUUAUACAUCCGAUAUCGUGACUUAGGCGAUGAAACACAAAAGUAUAACAGUGUGACUGUGAUGAAGCCAGACAGCGAGAUGCAUGAUGUUGGCAACUUGAAUAAGUUCUCUAAAUAUGAAUUUUUUAUUUCGCCUUUUUAUCGGUCUGUCGAGGGUCAACCAAGCAAUUCUAAAAUUGUCCAAACUCUUGAGGAUGUUCCGACAGCACCACCGACCAACGUACAAGUUGGCAUGCUGAAUUUAACAUCAGGAGUUGUACGAUGGAGUCCACCACCCCCACAACAUCAUAACGGAGUCUUGUUGGGUUACAAAAUUCAAGUUAAAGCUGGAAACUCUACAAAAAUUUUGGCUCAAAUGACUUUGAAUUCCAGUACUUUGUCAGUUGGAUUACAUAAUCUGACAACAGGUGCAACAUAUAAUGCUCGUGUUGUGGCAUAUACGAGAGUUGGCGCUGGUCCAUAUUCAAAGCCGGUGGCACUUGUCAUGGAUCCAUCCCAUUUAAUUUCUCCACCUCGUGCACAUCCAAGUGGCAUUUCAUCAGGCGAAUCAAUUCAUAGCGACAGUAUAUUGAAUGAACCAUGGUUUAUGAUUGCAAUUGUCAUCGUGCUUGUUGUUUUUCUUGUCUCUACGGUAUUCACACUUCGCUUCCUUAGUCGACGAAGGAAAAACCUAUCGAAAGGACUUCAACAUUUGAACGUACCUGGCGUUGUUAAUAGUGGAGACGUGUUGAUGAAUAUUAAUGGCAAAGAUAGUCUUUGGAUAGAUCGGGGAUGGCGCACGGGAGAUAUUGAUAAAGAUUCAGGCUUAAGCGGCAUGAAGUUGUUAGAAAAUUCCCAAAUGUCUUCAUCCCAAGGUAAUUAUACAGAUUGUGGCACUGAUUACGCAGAAGUUGAUCCACGGAAUAUGAGUACUUUCUACAACUGUCGAAAAUCGCCCGAUAAUCCAACGCCUUAUGCUACGACUAUGUUGAUUAACUCGAUGCCACAAGAAAUGUGUGGAAAUCCAACUCAUUCACAUUCAGAGCACGAAAUUUGUGCUGGCGGUUCGUCCGGAACAUCGAGCUUACAUUCGGAUGGCAAACAAAUGUAUUGCAUGCAUUCGAAACAUUACGCACCAGGUCCAACUAAUUGGAUAGUUUUUCUCCCACCGCCACCACAAUGUCCGCCACCAAUACCGGAAGGCUACGGUUCGGAAUUUGCAACGAGUUUGGCAAUUGGAAAUUGUAAGAAGUCGUCAUUAAGCUCCCGCAGUGGCUCAGGAAUGUCAUCGAGACAACAACCAAACAUGAACAUAUCACAACAACCUUCUGAGUUCAACUACAAUCAUGCGACAUCGUCGAGUAAAAAUUCUUCAAACGGAAUGCCAUUUGCAAAUCGAGUUCCUUUUCUUUGUCACGAGUCUGCAAUGAAUCAACAGCAAGCAUUUAAUCACAUGAUGAAUAAUCCCGGUUCAUGUUGUCCCCAACAGCAGCCAUUGAUAAGCAACGAACAUAUUUAUUCAGAGUACGAGCCAUAUCAGAAUGCGCAUCGGAAAUUAAAUUCAAGAUUGUGCGAUAGUUACGACGCCCUUCCAAAUUGUUCCACAUCAAAACAAACCACCCCCACAACGUUACAUAAUGCAAACUUUAGCUCCCUCAGCUCUCAACCGAUGAUGAAUGGACCCAACGACAACUCAAUAUAUAAAUGUUCAUCGGAUUGCUGUUCAAUGGAGCGACAGCAACGACAUAAUCAUUCCCAUUUUAAUCAUGGAAGCAAUAACAAUAAUAAGAGAAAACAAAAGACUAAACAUCAUCACCGGCAGAACAAUAAAAGCGGCAAUCAAAAGCAUCAGCACUCACCGCAAGAGUCACAAUAUCACAACAAUAAUAAUAGUUGUCAUGGCAUCAUCACACCGGAUCAAAGUCAUGCAAAUUACGAAUACAUAAUUGGCGACGAAUCACAUUGUGAUGAAGACGAGAAUUCUUGUAAUUUGGGCAAAGUAACAAUCUCUGAGAAUGAAGAAACAACUGAACAUGAUGAAGAUGAUAUUGGUAAUAGUUAUUCAUGUGACGAUACAUUAACAGACGAUGCUAUUUUAUCGGGAAGUAAUCAUAACAAAUUUGGUGAUCAAACGAGUGAAAAUACAAAGGAGAGUCAGAGGGAGAAUAGUCGAGGAAGUGGUGGUGAUGGUGAAACAUGUUGUUCAUGUAGUGAUGAGUCUUGUGUAUAUGAAGAGCCUCCUAGUCAUCCAACUAUCCAAGUGAUGAACACAAAUCAAGUCUUAAGAGUUGGUGAAGAUAAUUAAAAACAAGAAUAGAAAUGAAAAGAAUGAAUUGUGAAUAAUGAAAGCGCACAGCAAGGAACAGUUUCCUAGGGAAAGACAUAAAGUUUUCUUCAUGUCUUGUUCCAAAACAUUGAUUGUCUUAUUUCUUCUUCGUUUCAUCAACGAACUUAAACUACAAACAUCUACAGACAUAAAAGACUGAAGACAAUUGUUCUUAAGACAAAUUGGAUAGCUUGUUAAUACUUCUUUUUUAAGUCGUCUCAGAGUUUCGUUCUUCUCGCAAUCUUUAUUUCUAUUUUUUUUGGGAACAGAAAAAAAACUCGUAAAAAUGAAUCUAAUAAGAAAUGAAAUCCCUGUUCAUUAUAUUCUCACAGCAAUUCUACUUCCAGCCGUCACCGUGAAUGAUGGUACAAAAUUCGCUCAAGCAUGAAUUGAGCGAACCAUAAAACAAGCAAGCAUUACAUAGAGUUUAUAUUUUCGCAAGUUUAAUGCUCCUGAAACAGAAAAAAAGAAAGAAUGAAUAUCACGUUUUAAAAACGUAGUGCUGAUAGAUUGGCGUCGCUUUCCCUACUAAACUUAUCAUUCAAGGAAAAUCUAUUUUUCUUUGUCG